UUUUUCAGAAAGAUCCCACUGUGCGCCUCCUGCUUUGGUAAAGUGGUGAAGACUAGAAUAGAUUCUCCGUCAAUGACAUUGAUCAACUACAUUUGCGGAGAAAGUGCAAGUCAAGAGUUUCCUGCGACAUUGUACGGAAAAAGGAAUGAGCAUAAAGCUAUUGCAGCUGCUGAAGAUCUGUUUAAGCUUCAAAAACAUAAAGAUUUCCGUACAAGAAAAAGUGGAUUGAUAAUCAAUACUAAUUAUCCAUACUUUGCUGCGUCGCCUGAUUGUGUAUUUGAUUGUACUUGUUGUGGAACGGUAGUAAUAGAAGCAAAAUGUCCAUACAAAUUUGAGCACUUCCAGAGGGAGGAUGGAAUUAGAUCCUUAAUUACAAGACAAAAUCCGUACAUACUUCGCGAUAAUGAUGGGAACUUAAAAAUGAACCAUAAGCACGAAUAUUACUUCCAAGUACAAAUGCAAAUUCAUUUAUCUAAAGCUUCAUUUGCCCUUUUUGUAGUCUGGGCCCCUAAGUUUACUUUGUUUAUAAAAGUAACAAAAAAUGAAGUUUUCUGGAAAAUCAACUCGUUAAAAGCAUCUAAAAUUUUCGAACAGGUACUUAUUCCAGAAAUAUUAACAAUUUUUUUUUUACGAUACCAAUUGUAGCUAAUGCAGAUGACGUAAAUGAUGGCACUAAUGAUAGGAUGUGAAAAAGAGUGUACAAUAGAACACCAUGCCACCAUGGUCCUCUACUCUAAGUAGAAUAUUUCACCACUGUUAGUUGAAACCUGUCAAAACUUAUAGAAAUACAAAAUGUCUAAGUUAAAACAAUCGUGAGUUUUUAUUCAUUGAUUUUUUCAUUUAUAAAUCACUUAAUGAUAGAAGGACACAGGUUAACUAGAGCACAGCAGACUGUUACAGCCAUAUACAAAACAUUUACGCCGUUAUGCUCAUGAUUCAUCAUAUUAAUACUGACCGGGC